AUGAGUAAAAAUGAGCUAGUCAGCAAGAAAGUUAACUUAGAUGACGAUGAUGACGACGAUGAUGAUGAUGAUGAUUAUUGUCCAACAAAAAAUCAAAAUGACCAAUCAGACCCAAGUGAUGAAUCAGAUCAUAAUGAUGAUGACGAUGAUAACGUCGAUGGUACUACCAAUAGUCAAGACCAACAAACAGAUAAUAAGAAAAAAGAUGACACUUUGAAUAUAACACCUUAUGAUGCAUCAAAAACAGAUCAACUUUGGAGAAGUUUUGCAAGUAGUACAAAAUCAUUACCAUCAUCGACAGCAAACAAUAGUGCAAAGACGAUAACAACAACAGAAAUACCAAAACCACAAGUACAAACUCCAAAACCAAUAGUAGCAAAUAAAAUACUUGAAUUUGCUGGAGAAAAAAUUUCGGUACCAGUUACAACCAUUGCAAAGGAAUCUACUGAAAGUGCGUCUUUGAAACGACCAGCUCCUUCGUUAACAGGAUCCAAUUCCGUACUCGAUCGUCUUGGUAUCGGUAAAAAGCAGAAAUUAUCAACAUUAGAAAAAUCUCGUCUGGAUUGGGAUUCGCAUAAAGCAUCGGAAUCAUUAAAAGAUGAUUUGGAUUCUCAUCGACGUGGCAAAGAUUCAUAUGUUGAAAAGAAAGCAUUUCUACAACGCACAGAAAUACGUGAACAUGAUAACUAUUUAGCUUAUAUAAUUUUGAAUUUAUCUCCACUGAAAUACACAUCUUCUAAUAUUUCAUCAGCAGUCAUAAUUCACGUUUUUAUACAACAAAAUAUAAGAUUUCAGAUAUCAUUUGGAGAGGGCUGUGUUGGUAAAACUUCCAUUAUUUCAUGCUACACGGAAAAUUCAUUUAAUAAUAAACAUAUUGAGACACAGCAGGCUUCCUUUAAAUCAAAAAGAUUAACUUUAGAUGGUCGCCGAGUUGAUUUAGCUAUAUGGGAUACAGCAGGACAAGAGCGAUUUCAAGCACUUGGUCCUUUAUAUUAUCGUGAUGCCAACGGUGCUCUCCUAGUUUUCGAUAUUACAGACGAGGAUUCGUUCAGUCGAGUAAAAGGUUGGGUGAAACAAUUAAAACGAAUGCUAGGCGAUGAUGUGGUUUUAUGCAUUGUUGCAAAUAAAAUCGAUCUUGAAAAAGACCGUCAUGUAUCCAUCCAAACAGCCGAAGAAUAUGCUCAAUCAGUCGAUGCAAAACUUUACCAUACAUCAGCUAAGCUCAACCAAGGGAUUGGAGAACUUUUUAAUGAUUUAGCUGCUCGUAUGCUUCAAAAAGUACCAUCAAAUUCAAAUAAUACGAGUACACUUCGGCCAGGAGGCAUUCCUAUUCAACCGUCUUCAACAGCAGACGGCAAUGAUCGACCGAAGAGUAGCACUUGCUGCUAG